UUCGGCUUGAAGUCAACAGAAUAAGUGUAAAAGCAAAUAUUUAAAGACUUGAGUAAAAGAUGGAGAAGCUUUUCAUCAGUGAUGGACUUGGAAAACUACUCAAAAUUAAAUAUGGAAAAGUUCAGAUAGAUAACCAUAUUUUUCGACUUCAUUAUGAAGUUACCAUGCCAAUUUUACUAGCCUUCAGCGUGAUGAUUUCAGGCACACAGUUCUUCGGUAACCCGAUACAUUGCAUUCAAAAAGAUGACAUUCCAGAAAAUACACUUAAUACAUAUUGUUGGGUUGAAAGUACCUUCACCCUUCCAAAAGCAUUUAAUAAGAAAGUUGGUGUCGAAGUGGCCCACCCCGGUGUGGACAAGUAUGAGCCAGGUGACGAUGUAAAGGAACAUGCAUACUACCAGUGGGUAUGCUUUGUACUUUUCCUCCAAGCGCUCCUCUUCUACGUACCUCGAAUGACUUGGAGAAGUUUCGAAGCAGGAAAAGUCAAAAGUAUGUUGUUGGAGUUGACCAAACCUAUCAUAAAAGAAGAAGACAAACAGACAAAUAUUGAUAAACUUGUAGACUACUUCACUUUCAAGUUAAGAAGACAUGACAGUUAUGUCUGGAAAUACACUUUAUGUGAGUUUUUGAACUUUAUAAAUGUAAUUGGACAAAUUUAUUUGGUUGACCGGUUUUUAGGGUACGAAUUCACCUCGUUUGGUCCAGACGUUGUUCGAUAUGUAGACGACGACCCCGAGAAUAGACUGGAUCCAAUGGUUCGAGUUUUUCCACGAGUGACCAAGUGCACUUUUCACCGUUAUGGCUCAUCCGGUGACGUCCAGAAGCACGACGCCCUUUGUCUGAUUCCUCUGAACAUCCUGAACGAAAAAAUCUACAUCUUCAUGUGGUUUUGGUUUGUAAUUCUUGCGAUAUUAAGUGGACUCGGCUUAGCGUACAGAAUGCUUGUGUUUUCUUCUUCCCGAGUAAGAUAUUACUUGAUGUUAUCCCUUGACCGAUUCACUCCUCAAGACAAGCUGGAUAUUGUGUUGAAAAACAUGUCUUACAGUGACUGGUUUCUAUUGCAACAAUUGGGCUACAACAUCGAAUCUAGAAACUUCCGAGACCUACUCAUUAAUAUAGCAAAUAAGAAGACACCACCUUCCGUGUUCGAGGAGAAGUAUAAAAACGCGAAUGAAAGUAAAGUUUAAAUUUCAAUAGAAAAAAUAAACGUUUGGAUGAUACGUUUCAGAUCCUAAAAUAUCUUUUGUUUUUCAAUCUUAGCUAUAAAAAAAGAUAGGUAAAAAUUACCAUUAGUUUGUUUUAAUGACAUUCUAAGUUUAGAAAUUUUGAAUUCUGAAGAUGUGAUUAUUUAUAUUUGAUAAUUAAUUUCAAAUUAUAAAAUUACAAAAUGAAAUGUUACAGACUUUUGGACUUCUGCAGUACUGAUUUUGUCUUGCUGAUGUAAAGGAUAGUUUAUUGGAACUUAACGUAAGCUGAAGAAGAAAGAAAAAUCUCAAUCAAAAGACAUAUUAUAGCAAUAAGCUACGAUCGUGAAUACACAGUACUUAUUAAGUAUUUUAUAUGUUUUUAAUAGAAUAGAAAUCCGUUUUUACUCAUAUUAAUGAUGAUUGAUAAUCAGCUCUGUUGUUUUACAUUUUUAUUUUUUUUAGAAUUGUGCACUUAUACAUAGUGGUUGGGAUAAAAUGCACUUUAUCAUACCUUUAUCACAAUAAUAAUAACUUUAUCAUAAUAAUAAUAGUAUACUUUAUCAUAAUAUGAAAUUGUACAACAUAGUUUUUUGUCAAAACUUCUUCACAAGCUGGAAUGUAAGUUGAAUAUAUUUAACUUGUAUGUAACAAUGAAUUUUUUUAAUAAACCUUUUUGAUCUA